AUGGUGUGCACAGAACGUACCGGUAUUAGGAAUCUGUACGCAAUGGUCCGUUAUGCAACCACGCCUGGUGUGUGCCGGCGUAGGCAUUUGGCCGAUCAUUUUGAGGAACCUUGGAGCAGUGAGCUCUGUCCAAAAGCUUGUGAUGUGUGCGCAUGCUCUGCUGAGGUUACAAAUAUGGAUAUUUCGGCAAUCGUCCGAGCUAUGUUGAAAACUAUUCGUGAGCAAAAAACCAAUGACCGUGGUUCAAAUCGCAUUACUGGUGCUAAACUUGUUGAGCUUGUGACUAAACAAAAGCUCGGAUCUAAGCUAAUAAUUGAAGCAAGUUUAUGCCAUGCACUUCUGAACGGGUAUCUAAAACAAGAUUUUCACUUCACGCCGUAUGCGAUUCACAGUUAUAUCGUCGCUGGCCCCAAAGGUGAACGAGCACAGCAGACUCAAAUUAUGAUGAAAUGCAAGCAAAGUGACUGCGAUGUGACCGUGAAAGUGGCCAAGAAAAGGAAGCUAGAUGUGGUAGCAGACGAGGAUUUUAUAGUGCUGGAAUAA